GUGGAUAUGCAGUGGGUGCAAGUGCUGGCAGAAGGUUGGGCAACACCCCUGAAUGGCUUUAUGAGAGAGAGAGAAUACCUACAGUGCCUUCACUUCGACUGUCUCCUUGAUGGAGGAGUUAUUAAUCUGUCAGUACCUAUAGUGCUAACAGCUACCCAAGAAGACAAAGAAAGACUGGAUGGGUGUACAGCUAUUGCCCUGGUGUACGAAGGUCGCCGUGUUGCCAUUCUCCGUAAUCCUGAAUUCUAUGAGCACAGGAAAGAGGAACGCUGUGCUCGGCAGUGGGGAACGACAUGCAAGGAGCAUCCCUAUAUCAAGAUGGUUAUGGAGCAAGGGAAUUGGCUUGUGGGUGGAGAUCUACAGGUCCUUGAUCGUAUUUAUUGGAAUGAUGGACUUGAUCAAUAUCGUCUCACUCCAGCUGAACUAAGGCAGAAAUUCAAGGAAAUGAAUGCUGAUGCUGUCUUUGCAUUCCAGUUACGCAACCCGGUGCACAAUGGGCAUGCUCUUUUAAUGCAGGAUACUCACAAGCAACUUCUGGAACGUGGCUACCGGCGCCCAGUUUUACUCUUGCACCCACUUGGAGGCUGGACAAAGGAGGAUGAUGUUCCCCUUAUGUGGCGCAUGAAGCAACAUGCUGCAGUGCUGGAGGAGGGAGUCCUGAAUCCAGAGACAACUGUAGUAGCUAUAUUCCCUUCCCCCAUGAUGUAUGCUGGACCAACUGAGGUUCAGUGGCACUGCAGAUCACGGAUGGUUGCAGGAGCUAACUUCUACAUUGUAGGGCGAGAUCCAGCAGGGAUGCCACACCCUGACACUGGGAAAGAUCUGUAUGAACCAACCCAUGGUGCCAAAGUGUUGACAAUGGCUCCAGGCCUCCGAGCACUGGAAAUUGUGCCCUUCAGGGUUGCAGCUUAUAAUAAAAAGAAGAAGUGCAUGGAUUAUUAUGACUCUGAUCACCACGAAGACUUUGAGUUUAUCUCGGGGACCCGCAUGCGCAAACUGGCUCGAGAAGGACAAAACCCGCCGGAAGGCUUCAUGGCUCCUAAGGCUUGGACUGUGCUGACAGAAUACUACAAAUCCUUGGAGAAGGCUUAGGCCUCUUAUUAACUGCAGAUCAACCUUUGACGCCUGAUUUAUUUACGAGAAGGGACCACACAGUCACCAUUCAUGCUACUUUGUUGUGGUGUCUGUCAGGAAGUUCUCUGAAAACAGUCUUUCUUCCUAACUUAGCAUCAUUCUUUGCCUGUCCUUAUGGGUUCUAUUAUGUACUGGCACCUAACUAGCUGCUGGUUUUAAUGUCUUCUCUUUUAUUACAGUUAAUAUUCUUGCAGUAGGAUUUUUAACUCUUGUAUGAUAUUUUUAUAUUUUAAUGCCUCUGUCCUGAGUUCUGCAGCCAUUAAAUAGAUGCAGCUUUUUCUUAUGUUGUUUAAACUGCUGGGUAGUGUCUGAUUUUAGUAGUUUGUAGGAGAAAAUGUAACAGUUAGUCCCUUAACUAUGGAUAGAUUAUCUAUAAAUUGAAAAAGUAAAGUAAGUUUCAAA